CGGUCCUGAUGUACAGCAGCCGGGUGAUGAUGAUGUGUUCCGGCAACAUACAGACAUCUUGUAUCUCAGUGAUGGGGCCAAUUUUCAGAUGGAUGAUCCAGACUUGCUGCGUGUAAGAAACAAUGAGAACCUUACUCAACGUACACAGGUCCUAUCUCUUGGUGAUCGUUCCAAUAUUCAGUCAAGUGAUUCACAUGCUGUUGUUUCUAGAAAUGGUGCUCACUACAGGGAACAUUCUGAGAUGGUAACGGAAGGAACCGAUAUUCAUAUAAAUUCUCAUUCUCAACAUAAACAGCCAGGCGAUGGUGACUUCAGGGAACAUGUUCAGACAUUGUUUAUACAUGAUGAGUCCAACAUGAGGGAUGAAGGGAAUACACAAAAUGACAGAUCCAGGAAUCGGGAUGAUGGUGACUUAAGGCAACGCACACAGACUCUUAAUCUCAUUGAUAGGUCCAGUAUUCGAAUUGAUGACAGAGGUUCACAUGUCUCAAACAUUAAUGAUGAUGACUUGAGGCAGCACACGGACAUCUUGUAUAUAAGUGAUGGGUCCAGUAUUCAAAUUGAUGAAACCGAUUCACAACAUGUCUCAAACAUUCCUGAUGAUGACCUCAGGCAGCACACGGACAUCUUGUAUAUAAACGAUGGGUCCAGUGUUCACAUUGAUGACAGAGAUUUGCAGCAGUUAGUCCAGGGUGGUCAACUGGAGGACUACAGACAACCCACAGAGACACUGUAUAUCACUGAUGGGUCAAACGUCCACCAGGAUGAUCCUGAAACAUCUGGUGUAGACCUACAGGUGACAAGGAGCCAAGAUGCUGAUGUCAAUGUUGAUGGUGCUGGUGUAGACCUACAGGUGACAAGGAGCCAAGAUGCUGAUGUCAAUGUUGAUGGUGCUGGUGUAGACCUACAGGUGACAAGGAGCCAAGAUGCUGAUGUCAAUGUUGAUGGUGCUGGUGUAGACCUACAGGUGACAAGGAGCCAAGAUGCUGAUGUCAGUGUUGAUGGUGCUGGUGUAGACCUACAGGUGACAAGGAGCCAAGAUGCUGAUGUCAGUGUUGAUGGUGCUGGUGUAGACCUACAGGUGACAAGGAGCCAAGAUGCUGAUGUCAGUGUUGAUGGUGCUGGUGUAGACCUACAGGUGACAAGGAGACAAGAUGCUGAUGUCAAUGUUGAUGGUGCUGGUGUGAGGCACCACAGCCUUCACCUUCAUGGUGACUCUGAUCUCCUACAGCAGGAUACAGAGGAUGAGAGGCACCAUACAGACAUCCUUUAUCUCUCAGAUGCUGGGAAUGUUCACAUUGAGGACAACCUGGAAAGUGUUGCCAGUGAAUCUGAAACACACAAUAAUCUCAGACAACAUUCAGAGACAAGAUAUGCAAAUUUUGGCAGCAGUGAGCAUUUUGAGGAUACGGGUGAUACCAAAAGUGAAAGUGUUGCUGAAAUGGAAGCUGAUACCUUAAGGCAACACACAGAGACAAUAUAUUUCACUGAUAGCAACCGUGUACUUCAGGAGGAUACAGGUGAUACCAAAAGUGAAAUUGUUACUGAAGCGGAAGAUGAUACUUUCAGGCAACACACAGAGACAGUUCAUGUGACAGAUAGUGUCAGAGAUUAUGAUGAAGAAAUCAGACGACACACAGAUACCGUGUACAUUACUGAUGAAGGCAACCAAGUCAUUGCUGAAACUUGUGACAGAACGGAUUUUGAAAAUGAUGAAGACAUUAGACAUCACACAGAAACUAUCUACAUCAGUGACACAGGUAAUGAGAGAUUUGAUGAAGGUGUGGACAGAAUAGGUGAUAAGGAUGAAGGUAGUGGUGAUCAUAUUCGUCAUCAUACUGAGACUCUUUACUUGACUGAUGAAGAUAACAUAGAAGAUGAUGAAGACGAGUCAGUGGACGAGUCAUCAGAAAGUGACGAUGAAGUUUUGACUCAGCAUAGACAGAUAGUCUACAUCACUGAUGAAGGAGACAAGCGUGUAGAUAAUGACGAAUCAGAUGUAUUAGAUGGUGUUAGAAGUGACACGCAGACAUUGUAUGUAAAUCAGGAUGCAUUAGGUGGUGAUGAAGUGUUGGUUGAUGAAGACAAUGUUAGAAGUGACACACAGACAUUGUACAUACAUCAGUCUACAUCAGGGCAGGAAGAUAACAAACAAUUAAACUCUGACGUCACUGAAUUAGAGAGAUCGGAGGAGUUCGAAAUCAUCGAGAUGUCAGACACAGUGUAUGUUCAUCAGUCUGCAGUAGGUGGUGAUGAAGUGUUGGUUGAUGAAGGCGAUGAAAGAAGUGACACACAGACAUUGAAUGUACAUCAGUCUGCUGUGGGCAGUGAUGAAGUGUUGGUUGAUGAAGGCGAUGUCAGAAGUGACACACAGACAUUGAAUGUACAUCAGUCUGCUGUGGGCAGUGAUGAAGUGUUGGUUGAUGAAGGCGAUGAAAGAAGUGACACACAGACAUUGAAUGUACAUCAGUCUGCUGUGGGCAGUGAUGAAGUGUUGGUUGAUGAAGGUGAUGAAAGAAGUGACACGCAGACCAUGUAUAUACAUCAGUCUACAUCAUCCCUGAAAGAUAACGAGCAAAUAAACUCUGACAUCACUGAAUUAGAAAUAAGUGCAAUAGAAAGAUCGGAGGAGUUCGAAAUCAUCGAGGUGCCAGAGACGUUGCUAUCUUCCUCAUUCAUCGACAGCAGUGAGAGACACAGGCAUAUGCUGGAGGACAGUCUCGAUUACACAGACCCACUCAACGACAGUACAGGUGUGUACAGUCGAAACAUAUCUGUUGAAUACGACAGAGCCGACCAGAAGGCCCUGGAUGAAUUUAUUGAUGAAAGGGAGAUAACUACAUCGGCCCAGGUACAUCUAGCGCUUGAGGAGACUGACGAUCAGGAAAAUCAUUAUAGGUCAGAUAAUGAUGUCAAGGGGCAGAGUUCAGAUGAAGAUUAUGAUGAUGAUAUUUCAUCCCACAGACUGCUUGUUCAAAGUGAUAGAGAUUCAUCACUAGAGAGUGAGGAAAAUGUUUCUACUUCAGAAAACAUGGAUGUAGAAAAGACUGAAACUACAGGGAACGGGUUUAAUAUUCGUGGGAAUUUGGCAAGUGGUUUAUCACCAGGAACAUUGCCAGCUGAUUAUAGUGAAAGUAGUUCAAGGUAUACAGUGAUCAGCCAAGUCACUAUGGAAACACUGGACAGAUGUGAAGGUGUCACAGAGGUGGCUGAGACUCAGGUCAUGGUGAAAGCUGAUAGUGACAUCCACUCUCACAAUGUGACUGAAUUUACUACUCAAAGUACGUCAGAAGUGUAUGGGGAUGAAAAUAAAGCCCCACAUUUGUUAAACACAGUUCUCAAUGAAACUCAAGCCAGACCCAAGAAACCCGAGCCAACAUGCGAGACUGAUGAGCAUAGCAGAAGUGGGGAUAGCAAUGAAAACAGGAGACUGACAGGUAAAAAAGCAGGAGAUUGGCCCCAGGUUGAAGAUCCCCUACUGUCAGAGGAAGAUAUAUCAGUGAAACAGGAUGGUCAAAAUCCAGGAACAGCUGACCGGUACAGAGUAAAUAGCCCGUCUGCUGCAGUGACAGAUGUGAAACUGGGCAAUGAGGGGAGUUAUGGGGCAGAAAGUGCAAAUAGCCUGUGGAAAAGAGAUAAUGUGGAAGAACAGUAUGUUACUGUUGAAGUUAGGCAGGACGUUAAAGAUGGAUUACUUAGGGAGGGGGUUGGCUGUAGUAGGGUGAUCACAGCCAGGACUGAUGCCAAGGUGGAAUUAGCAGAAAGUGAGCAGACGGCAGAUGUUAAGGGAACAGUGAUUAAAACGUUCAGUGAGGAAAGGGCAGUUACCAAGAACUCUGACACCAUCACUGACGCAGAUUCUCCGAGAAAUGGUAAUACCCAGCAAUUAUUAGAAACAGAAAAUGUGGAUUUUAGUUCAGGACUGAGGGAGGCAGAUUCUGGUUUGUCAGUUUCUGGGUUGAGUGGGAGUCGCCAGGAUGGAGGAGGUGUUUACGCUGAAGAACUAAACAGAGAUGGCAGGGGAAUUGGAAGUGGUGUUGAAGUUGAGAAAAACACGGGUGAAUGGACAUACGGUGUAGUGAGUGUUGUAAACACUGUCAGUUCAGAUGCUACUUCUAUUAGUAAUGAAAGUGAUAUUACAGAGAAUGUGAAUGUGACUUCCAGACAGAUUUCUGAACAUAGUGAAAGGUUGUUGAAUGUAACUGACAGUUCAGUGACAUUUGGCCAUUCAGAUUCAAGGAACCUAGGUAAGAGUGAGCAAUUUGUCGUAUUCAAUAGUGAGAAUUCGGCAAUAAACACAGUGAUUCAAACAGCUAGCAUUGAAACUGAAAGUGUGACCCAUUCUGACUUGAAAAGGGCUGACAGUAAUUCAGAGUUUGCAACAAGUGUAAAGGACAGUUAUGAAAGGGUUAAUGAAAGGAUAAAUUUGUAUACUGAGAGAGACAACCUCAGUAAAUAUGCCACACAGACAGAGGAAUUGCCAAUAAGUUCUGAUGAGCUCAAGCAGGUAAAUGCAGGUGACUGUCAGACUGUGAAUACCUGUGUAACUGGACUAGAUGAGGCUUUGAAUGCAACAGGUGUCGGGCUGAAAGAGCCAACCGUUCUGCACAGUGAUAAUGCAAACACGCUGCAUAUUGAUGAAUUCGACAAUGGAGUUUUAAGCUGUAGUGUACAAGCUGGUAAUCUGGGUUACCUGGCAAACAUGGCUGAUUCUCCUAAAGUGUCGUCUGCAGAAGGUGAGCAGACGCGAAUCAUGGAGGAUAACGAUAGUGGGCUGUGUUUCACUGACAGGUCAGAAACUAUUCUACCUGUGGAACAGAGAUCAGUUAUUAGGACAAAAGUUCAGUAUAAAGUGAAGAAAACCACCAAAACUGUGAUGAAAACUAAUGUGGAUGUGAAAAAAGUUCAGAAACAUUCAACAGGGGACUCUGUUGAACACGAACAUUUGACGAAGGUUGAGCAGACGACAGUAGUUCGCCAGAAAAUAUUCAGCUCAACUGAAUCCCUUGACAUAGAUGAACAUGAUCAGGAAAACAUGAAGAUUGAAUAUAAAGCAGUUAUUGAUGCAACAAAAGACAAAGAUGGACGCCAACUGCCGUCUGCUCAUUAUGAGACAAGUUUUGAAACAGUAUUGCCGAGAGUAGUGGGACAGAAUGUUCUGCAUGGUGAAUCAGAAGAUGUUUUAGCAGUUUGUGGCCCAGAAACAGAUAAUGUUCCCCAAGAUCAGAGCACUGUGAUUGCUGGACAUGUUUCUAUUGAACCAUCACCUGGUGUGGUCCAGUCAGUGGGAGAAAAUACCGACAGGGCGACUCUCAAACCGUCUGAUGUGGCACCACACACAGACACAGGCAGUAUAGAAGAGAUGACAGCAUCGGAUUUUGUUGUAGAAUCUGACAGUGUAACAAGUGUUAUGAGUGUUGUGUCUCCAGAGACUGUAGAAAUAGACAACAGCCUUGAAUCUACAGGUAGCCAGACAGUGACCUCCCGUGUCACAGAAGUGACAGAUUCAGUGUCAGCUGACAAAUCUUCAAGUUCCAGCUCAUCAGUCAUGAAAUCAGAUAUAGCUGAGGAUGGGUCCAGUGACAACAGUGUGUCGUCUGAAUACACAGAGAGGACAGAAAUUUUCAUCCAACCCCAUGCCCUGUCGCCCAUCACGGUCAGAAGGAAAAGAUGGAGUACUGAGAGAAACUUUGCCGACAACAAGCUGAUCUGCACCGUGUUUGAAGACACCGACAGCCCAUCACCGCCGAAGGAUGAGGCCCUGUAUAUAUUAGAAGACAAUAUUCAUGUUGCAACCAAUUCUACCGACAGAAGGGAAGACUUUGUUGUAAUGCCAUCAAAACAUUCAUAUAAAAAUAGGCCUUACCUUGAAACAAAACCCAUGUGGACGUAUGAUUUAGCAAGUUUAUCUGGUGUUAGAUAUGUUGAGGAAGGGGAAAAUGUUGAUGAAAAUGACUCUGAUUCAACUCUUGUGGAUAGUGAUGGGGGUGAGAUGGAAGCGACUGAUGGGGUUGUCUCCCCUGAUUCCGCAAGUAAUACUGUACAGAUUACUGGUGUUGAUGAUGAAAAUAUGGAGGGAGAAGAGAUCUCAACAGACAAUUCCCAAACAGUCAAAUCUGAAUAUUUACAGACCGAUUCUUUUACAAAUGUUACAACACAAAUCAGUAAGCAAGUCACUGCCACGAACAUUUCCCACACAUAUGAAAGUUAUAGUGACAGCUCAAAGGAUGAAGAAUAUAUUACUGACAGCAUGUCAGGAUCUGCCACCGAGGCCACUGUAAGGAGUUUACAUGGUACAAUGGAUAGUACACUAAGCCUGACAGGUAAUGGUGGUGUGAGGAGUGGAGCUGAGCUAUCUGAUACCCUUGAUCCUGUCACAGUAUCUGCACUUCCUGAAGAUGAGUACACAGCAUGGGAGGAGACUGAACUCAGUGACGAGGAUGUAAACACUAAUAGCCUUUUUUUAGGUGGUGGAUCGAGUGAGAGAAUAGUUCAUAAUGUGAAAAUAAUUGAAAACACAGAAACUAAACAAACAACCGGACCUGUAAUAUCAGAAUCAGAUUGUACUAAUUUCUCACCAAUUAUUAUUACUGUUAAGUCGGACAUUGAUGAAGGAGAGGCGGAAAGGUCGUGCCGAGAUGUGGUUAUAGAUGAUAAUGGAAACGUUCUGCAAGGAAAACAGCCUGAUACUGUUUCAUUAAGACCUGAGAGGGAAGUGUGUGAUUUAUCUAGCUCAUCUGUGUCGGUGAAGAAAAAGGAGACAGAAGAUCGAAGAUCUGUGGUGGGGGGCCUAGAUGGUGAGGAGAAGAAUGAUUUAUUCCAGGAUGUUGGCGAGAUUGACAUUAGAGUGGAAUCAGAGGGUAAUGCACAUACUGAGAGGACACAGACAGAUUUGUCAAGGGGUGUCGAAACAAACAUAGAUGAUUUACAGAGUGAAUCUAAUCUUCUUGUCACAGAUGCUUCACAUUCUGUAUUGACACUCCACCAAACUCAAGCUGCACAGAUUAACAGUCAGACUGAGGGGCUUCAUUCAAGGGGUGAUAAUGAGGGUGGUAGUUUGGUACAGAAUGAGACUUGGAGUGGAUUUAGUGACAGUGAUGACAACCUGAGGCAUACAGACAGGACAGAAGAUAAACAGCUUGGUAAUGAACCAGAUUUGAUGUUGGAGGGGGUUGAGUAGAUCCUUGUCACACUAACUUGAGCACGGAAUCCUUCCAGCAGGGUCUUUUCACAUCCACUGAAGAUGAGGUGACACAGAUUCACGGGUCAGGAACUGCAUACAGUGUGCUUGAAGCAAGUGAUAGUAUUGAUGGUAAACAAACCAUCCUUCCCGCCCCUCAUUCAACAGUGGACUCUGCCAGUACAAGUGACGGAUUAGUCUAUUCAGGUCACAGUAAGGUGGGAAAGUUAAAUGCAGAAACAAGGCAAAAUGCCGUCUGCUCUCAAUCAAUUCCAUCUGAUGAUGGAAUGUUGAUUAAUAGCCCCAGUUUAGAAGAUCAGCAGGCAGAGGAUCUAAAACAUGCAAAUGUGACUAGGGCGUGGGGUCGUAAUGAAUUCACAGUCGAGAAUGUGAACAGUGUGAGUGGAGUGGAGACAGUUGACGGCAGCAGUGUAGGACUUAACGUUGAGAGAGAAGUGACUGCCACUGGUGAGCUCAAUAUUAAUGCCAUUCAGUCAAUCGAGUUGGAAGAUGAUUCAUUGGAUUGCGAUAGGGAGACUCAGCUCCUAGAAUUCUCAGAGGCAUUUAGGCAAUAUUCCAUAGAGGAAUUGCCAUUACGACUAAGCCAGCGUGAAGGAUGAGUCGAGAGUGGAAUUGAGAGACAGGCUUACAAGUGACAAUGAUGGUGAGAGUGAAGAAAUUGAACAGUCAGAGUUAGAUUAUGACGAUUGGGAGGAAAACGAGGCUGCGCAGGAACAGAUACAUUUAAAUAGCGCAGCUGACGAUGGUUUGAAUAUAAUUGAAGAAAAUUCAGAUUCACAGUGUGCAAAAAUGGAAGAUAUUUCAUCAGAGGAUGUUAAUAGGAGUAUGGGAUCUGACCAGCUUGACCGCUUGGACUGGCUGGAGAGCCAGGUCCACGUUGAAGAAGACCAGUAUCACACUGUCACAACCAGACAUGUUCGAGUCACGGGCCAGGUGGAAUAUGACAGUGACGCCGAGGAAAACAAUAAUUUUGUGAAGGGACUAGAUUCCUCCAUGGCUGACGAUUCUGACAAUUCUGACAUGGAUGUAUCAGACUCGCAAUAUUCAACAACUGCUACAUGUGAACUGCGGGAUGGUGAAACCUUUGGACGACGAUCUUCAACGUCAAGUGAUGAACAUUCUACAUCAUUCAGUGAACAUAUGACAGGGGAAUUAAAAUUCUCCCAAUCUGACAUGACAUCGAGGUAUUUGUCAACUUCAAGUGAAGGAUACUUUUCUUCUUCAGAUCUAAGAGCUGGUGAACUGAGGCUAAAUAUUCCUCAGGAUAAAUACCGCCAUUAUUCCUCGUCAAGUGAGGGGUACCAGUCAGUCAUGAGUGAUCAAAUGACGGGUGAGCUUAAACCAAGUCCCACAGACUCAUUUUCAUUUUCAACUGAGCAGAAGACAUUAGAAAUGAUUGACGAAGAUCUAAAGGAUCAAAUUAAAGAUUUUGAAAACUGGUCUGAACAUCUUUUUGAGGGAAGACAGGUUGAAAAUCAUUCAAUCAUUUUCAUCAGCAGAACAACAGACUCGAAUACUCAGGAAUACUGGUCAGGAACAGAUUUCUGGACAAUUCUCAACAUCGGCAAGUGGACAGAUAAGGUAUGAGAAUGAAAAUGUUACCCAGUCAUAUUUGUCAUCGUCUGAACAAAUGACACGUCAGCUUCCUCAUGGUGAUUCAGGUGUAGUGUAUGGACAUUCGACCAGAACUGCUGAGCAGACGCAAGUUGAAAUGAAACUUAAUGACUUAUCAUUAGGGCAAGGACAUUCCUCGUCUGAUGAUAUGACCCGUCUGGUGUCUGGUGGGUCGGAGACAGGUGGCCAUUUGACUAUUGCCUCUGACAGGACAGUUAACAUGACACUCGGUGAGCAGAUGGUAACACAGAGGUAUUCAUCAUCUGAUCGUGUUAGUGAUGAAAUGAAAGAUUUUGGUACAUCUGUGACCCUCAGACAUGGUGGUUCCACUAUGGGUCAAGUUAGUGAUCAAAUUCAACAUGGAGGCCAGCAAAUAAUUACUCAAACCUUGUCUUCCACGGAAAACACAAAACAUGAAUCACAUCACGUCGAGACAACUGAGACACACGUCUCAUCAUCAUCAUCAAGUACCCAUGUGAGACACACCAUGAGAGAGACGUGUGAGAAAGAGACGUAUGAAAAUGUUCCGGAAUCUAUCAGCGAGAAGGUGAAGGAUGAGCUUCUGCAGAAGGCGCAUGGAUACUUCUCAUCUUCUGUCAGUGUCACGUUGAGUAAAAAGUGGAAAAUGUUCGAGAAACUAUGGCACAGUUUUGAUGGAUCUUCGUGGAAGGGGGCCUUGACACCUCAUCUCUAUACAUUUGUGUUCCAAAAAUCUAACCUCGGCCAUGUUGGGUCUCUGGAACAGUUUGAGAAAUUGUACCCACUUCUGCUGAUAGAGGAUGUGGAAAGGUGUCAGAAUCACGUGUGUACUGCUCUGUACAGUGACGAGUACAAGAACCAACGAAAAAUACAGAAAUACUUCUUGCGAGGAUUCACCAAGGACAUCCAUCGCUUGUGGCAUUCACAAAGAAAGCAGUCACUUGCACCGCUUUGUGAGAUUCCUGAGGAUCGUGUUGUGUUGUUCAGUGACAAUGCAGGUGUGGCACUCAAUACUUGUCAUGCCACUAGUAUUCAUCCCUCUGUUGUGUCAUACACAUCGGUGUCUCCGACACAGUUCCACCGAUUUACCCAGGAGGGUGACAAUGGAGAUUCGGGGUCAUUGCCAUCAGGGGGAGAUAACUCUCCAGAUUCUAAGAACAAUACCUCUUGUCUCCAGUACAUUUGUCAGGGUGAUGUCACAGAUCCAACCACCAUGCUGUCCAAGAGGCUUCGAGAUUUAAAUAUUGACGACGAUAGUGAUGCAGAAAUUCUUGAUGAUGUGCUGCUCCGAUGUUUGAGACAUUAUCGCAGCAAAUUCGUCAAGUUUAAUCCCUACAUUCAGAAUGACUUCAGGAGGUCAGUGGGCAGGAAUCCAACCUUUCCAUACCGGAAUGCAACAAUCUAUGAAGAAGAAGAGGACGAGAAAUAUAUUGACUAAUGUAGUCUGAACUCCAGUAUUAUAUGUGUAGCAUUGGUUAACGUGGAAACACAUUUUCUGAUAUUUUCAUGAAUAUUCCUGAAGUAGUGUCAGUAUCUAUGUUUUAUAUGAGGUGAUGAAGUCAUAGAAUGAUCUGGGUGCUUGUCAAUUAGUGAAAUGUUUUCCUCCUACUCAGACACUGAAACCAAAAUAUCCAUGCAAGUCUGUAUGAAUUUGGCAAGUCUAGAUCUCUUCAAUAUGAAGAUAUUUUCAGGGCUCUUUUUGGUAUAUCUUAUAAGACAAUUUGGCCAAUCUCUUUCUAAAAUUAUCUCCACUUCAAUGACUGAAUCUUAAACUAUAAACUAUAUACCGGGUAUAUGAUCUUAAUCUAUAAAAACUAAAAGAACUAAUUUUCUUCCAAACGUGAUAAUGUCACCAACAUUACUGGUUUAAAAUGAACUGUAAACUAGCUGUAUUUAGCUCCUACGGUCUAACACUGGAAGGAUAAUAAAACCGUCUAAUAUGAAGUCGUAAAAAAAUGUAUAUGCAUGUAAGUCUAUAUUUUUGGAAAGGUUUUAUAUAACAUAUACCAGAAACGAUGUGUAGGAUGUGUUGUGAAUGAUGAUGUAGCGUUGAAGGUGUUGUCAUGCCCAGUACGUACUGCCUGCCUACAACUGUCUCCAUGUGACAUGAAUCAAACUCUCUCUAUCAUUACACUAACUAGCAGCAUGUUCAUAGAUAGGAAAUAUACAAACUCUCUGUUCCAUAAGAUCUCAUCAAGGGUGGGGUUGUCUUCGAUAAAUACAUGAGAAUAGCACUUCAUGAUAUUUUUAUCUAUUUUUCAUAUCUCUCAGAUUGUAAUCAUAUUGAAAAGAUAGGGGCAAAUGUGUUUAUGCUGUGUAAGCGUAUUUUAAGCAGCUGUUUGGGAGGAGUUGUUUUCCCAACAGUUGAACUGGCGGCGUCUUGCUAGUCGAGUGUGAAGCAGUUGUUUACUUUCUGGGUUAAUUGCAUGUUCACGCUUUCCAUGGUCUGAAUUUGUAAACGUUCCAAGAGAAGUGGAGCACUAGCUAAACUGGAACAACACAUUAAGGGACAAAACACAUGUGAGAAAUCAUUUGUUAUAAGGAGCACAUUAGUUAUGCAUUAACCUCAAAUACUAAUAUUGUAAACCUAAAUUACGUUUAUUUUUUGUUUUAUUUUGUUGUAAAUCUGUCAAAAUUUCAUACAGAUAUAAUCAGUUUAUGUCAUUAAGAAUUAUAAAAAUUACUGCAGAAUGAAAAGUUUACAAUUUUCAAGUAAUUAGGUCUUAAUUUCAGGUGUAUGACUAUGUUUUAAACAAUUACAGCUUAUUUGUGUAGUAUAUAGGUAGUAUUAUCAACUGAGGGUAUGAUAUUCUUAAUAUAACAUGGGAUAUGCCAAAUGAAAAAAUUAAAUUAAAAUUUGAUGUGAUAAACUAGUAUAUUAUAAUUGAUAUUUAACGUAAAUGUUUAAAUGUAAAAUUUAAAAGAGUUAAGAUAAAACACUGAAUAAAUAUAAAUCCACAUGUUUUAAUUUUGAAAUAAUAGUUGUCUUGAUGAAGUGUAAAUGAUCCUUUGUGAAAUAUAGUACAGUGCCAGUAUUAUUGGAGACAGUUCACAACGUUCCUGUGUACAGUGUACAAUGUACUAUAGGUCACAGUGUCCUGUACUACACUGGAGGCCUUGGAGAGAUAUGUCGAUAUCUACCAGCUGUCUCACCACUGCUAGGACGAUAACAUGCUCCAUUGAGAUUCCAAGUCACCUGUUUUCUCCAUACUUUUCACAAAUAUCUGUUUGAACUCCAAGGAAAGAAUGUUAGAGAUUGAGAAAAAAUGUCAUGAAUCCCUUUAAUUUCUUUUUCAAAUAAUAUUAGGCUACAGUUAAAGUAUGUGGACUUGUGUUUGUAAGAUUGUAAUUGAAAUUAGAAACAAGAAGUGUCCAAAUGUUGAACUAUUCAAUAAUAAGAAUUAGGUUGCAUAACAAUGUUCAAAUUAAAAAUAAAUGUUAAAUUUUUUAAAAAUAUUUCUUAAAUAUUCCUUAAAUAUUCACUAGGAUUCAGAAAACAGUGUGAUAAUAUUUGUUAGAAUCCCAUAGUUAUGCUCAUGGAAUACAUCAAAGUGUUGAAAAUUCAUGAUUGUGAUCACAUCAGACUUUACGGCUGCUUGAAGUUAAAAAUUAUGUUAAGUGUGCACUUAAAUCUAACUUUGCUCAGUGCAUUGUUGUAGUGAUAACCAACAACAGGUGUUUUUGCAGAAUCAAUUAGCAAGAAUAAUAAACAUUCUUCAUUAUCCAGCCACGCCUAAUUAGGUGCUGUAAUCAACGACAUAAUGCAUUAAUUAGCUGUAUAUCCUGCAAGUGUUCUAGGUCAACCAUAAAUAUACUUAGUCACAGCACAUAAAGAGAAGACUUGGUCAGCUCAUGUACUGUUAUAAUAGUCAAUACAGCUGAGAUACCGUCAUCGUUUUGGAAGAAGUAUUUGUAGUUUAAGAACUGAUACAGAUAUACUGUCACUAUUUGUAGUAUGAGAUGUACUUUUGUUUGGAGUUGUUUAGAGCAUGUGGCCAGUUUUGAGAGAGAAGUGUUCUGUAUGUACAGUGAAAUGUAGGCGUGGACAUUGGUGUACAGAUUAAGAUCAACAUAUCAAUAUCAUACUGCCCAGCUGACUGAGGUGCUGCAAAUCGCUGAUCAAAUCCUGGUUCAUUCCGACUGUGUUUCUGGGUUUGCUGGCACUAUACCUGUUGAUGCAUCACAUCGGCUUUACUCUGGUCUCAAUGGGACACCCCAUUGUGUCAAGCAUAACUGCAAUGUGACAUUGUGGCCAGCACAAUUGUGAUGUGACAUUGUGUCAAGCACACUCAGCUUGUGACAUUGUGUCAAGCACACUCGGCUUGUGACAUUGUGUCAAGCACACUUGCCAUGUGACGUUGUGUCAAACACACUCGGCUUGUGACAAUGUGUCUAGCACCUCGUGAUGUGACAUUGUGGCCAGUACACACAUUAUGUGACAUUGUGUCCUGCACAAUCAUUCUGUUUAAUACUAUCACAUGUGACGUUGUGGCCAGUCCAUGCACCAAUGCACCCGUGGUAUUUAGGCUGCUAUUCAUAAUUUGUCCUGUGAAUCAGGGCCUGUACACAGUGAUUAAGCAACAUUACUUAUGACAUUUCAAAGUAUAUGAAUUGAUUUGUAUUACCAUAUGCUGAUUAUUACAUGUGAAAUGUCAUUGAUGAAUUCCGGGCAGUUGGUGUUGGCCGUAGAACCAGGUGCUAGUGUGACGUAUCAAGCCCAGUGCUGUAAAACUGUAGAAUAUGAAAAUGGGAAGGACCAUUCCUUCAUAUUCCUUCAUAUUACUAUAGAAGAGUUUACCUAUCACUGUAGAGGAGAUUAACUAUAGAAAUGUGAAAGAAUAAGGUGGUUCUAUACUUUUUAAAAUAGUAUGUUUUGUACAUAUAUGUAGAUAUAUUAGUUGGUUUCAAUAAGGAUCACUUGUAUGCCUAUGUUCACUGAUAUCUUGGAUUUAAACCACUAAAUUAGUAAGUAAUACUUAUGUACUAAACUUACAAUCUUUUACUUGAAAUGCUUACGUUUUCAUUCACAUGUUAAAUUUUCAGUUUUGAGCUCAUAAUGUGCUUUUAUCACUUGAUAUUUAAUCACUGGAUUGUUGAAUCAAACAUAUGUAGCAAAGAUUUUUAAAGUAUAGAAAAUAAUAUACAUUGAUGUAAUUAGCGUUAAACUGAAAAGCAAAUAAAUGAUAUAUAGAGAUUUAACACUUAAAUUGGUGCUUUGUAUUAAAAUCCCCAAAUCACAGGCUUAUCUAGUCUUUAACUAAGGAUGGCUAUACCUGUACGGAGCACACCUUUACCUGAGGGAGAAUAUUUUUGUCCUUACAAUGUUGAGUUGAGCAUUUAAUCUCAUCCUUGUACAGAACAAACCAAGAUUCUGUUUAGUCCACUAAUUGUAUCUUAACUGUUUAAUCCAGUGGCCUGUCUCCUAACAAUGGUAUCAAAUAGUCCUGGAAAAUAUAUUAGAGAAGCUUUGUGCUGGAGGCAUGCUUGUGGCGAUUUGUAUUCACGGCGCGUACCUGGUUGUAGUUGUUGUCAAGAGAGAGACACGAUCGUAUAUCUUCCAGCUCGGGCUGUGUCGGCCAGCCUGCUCACCGUGUCGCCGUGUGUUUGACCAGCACUGCUGGGUUGAUACGUGGUGCUUACCUCCGAUAUAACAAGCUCUCCAUCUUGUUAAUGCAUCGAUGUGAGGGCAUUGCUUCGUUAAGUGCUCUGUGUUAGUGUAUGGUUUGUUUGUGGUCACAGUGCAUGUGUUAAUGCACUUUGUAAUAUGUGUCUGAACAGUGUCUGAGCUAGAAUAACAAUUAUUAUUUAUUUAUUUGUCAUAUUUUGUAAGGUGAAAACAAAAAUUGAUAUUAUUUUGACAAGAAAAGUGCCAAUGAAAUGAUACAACACUCUCAUAUUAUACACAUUGUUGCUAUUUAGUAUUUCUUCUCAAAUAUGUAUUAUCACACAAAUUUCAUGUUCUGGUUUUAUCAAGGUAAUAUGUAUAUUGAAAGCAAGUAUGUCAGAUCUGUAAUUUUGUGUUUUGAAUGAGUUACGUGAUUAGAUGUUAACUGUCAGCACGAAAUUGUCAAAAUUAGAUUUAUAAGCUUUAACAUGUAUAGUGCCUCUGAUUGGACUCCUUCCAUUAGGAUUGUGAAUGAAGGAUUGAUGGGAUUCAGUUGCCAAUUGUUUCAUUGUUUACGAACUCACAAAUUAUCCAUGUCUUAUUUCCAUACAUUCCAUGCCCUUCUGAAUAUGAAAGAUACACUUUUAUUCCACUGUCUCAUGCAAGCGUCACUGAAGUCUGCAGACAUCUUCCUCACUGGGAAUGGAAUGGAUGCCCAGUGGGUCUGUUUGCAGGAACCCCUGAUUAUGGGUUUGAAUCCCAGAAUCUCAGUUAGGUUCCUUGGUUUGUCAUGACAUCUGAUGUUUGUGGGUUUCAUCAAAUGUAAACCUUUCACAACUUGCCAUUUUGGGGGCUGUGGGUAGCCUAGUGGUUAAAGCAUUAGCUCAUCAUGCCAAAGACCCGGGUUCGAUUCCCUACAUGGGUAAAAUGUGUGAAGCCCAUUUCUGGUGUCCCCCACCGUAAUAUUGCUGAAAUAUUUCCAAAGGCAGCAUAAAACCAUAUAAACACUCGCUCAUCUGCUAUUUUGGUUUUGUCAUGAUAAAGCUGAACAAAGCGGUAUGAAAGAACUGGAUAUCGGCACUAUACAAAUGUUUGUAUGUAUGUAUGUAUGAAAGCCAACUCACUCACUCACUCACUCACUCACCCCACCCUUCCAAAUCAGACAUACUGUACGAUUUGGCAGCCCAUUAGGUUGUGUUCCAGUUCUGACUGAGUGUAGAGUUGUUUGCGUUGGUGUCGGUCAUGUCAGUCCGUUUUACACGCUUGUGGUGAAGAACAUUGGAUACCGUGCGAUAUAUUUACCUCAUUGAUUGGCCUAUCCUGUAGACCAGUGCACAUAUAUUUACACACUUUAUACAUUUCAUAUCAGAAGGUGUAAUAAAGCAUAAUCAUUAUA